AUGAUCCCAGGGUCCGAUCCGGCAGAAGAAGAGGAGUUCGUGUCAGAGGAGGAAGAGGGGCAGGCCGAGGAGGGAGAGGAGCAGGCCGAGGAGGGAGAGGAGCAGGCCGAGGAGGGAGAGGAGCAGGCCGAGGAGGGAGAGACGCCGGCCGAAACUGAGGGAGAUGAGGGAGAGGAGCAGGCAGAGGAGGGAGAGGAGCAGGCAGAGGAGGGAGAGGAGCAGGCCGAGGAGGGAGAGGAGCAGGCCGAGGAGGGAGAGGAGCAGGCCGAGGAGGGAGAGGAGCAGGCCGAGGAGGGAGAGAAGGAGGGCGAGCAAGACAACGCAUUUCCAUUACAGAUGAACUAA